CGCCGAGGCCCCGCCCCCGCCCGUGUCAGCUCCUUUGUAGGCGGGGAAUUGAGGGGCGGGGCUUAGCUGCAGCCAAUCAGCUGUGGAGGAGCGAAAAGGCGGGAAAAGGCGGAACCAAAAGAAGGCGGAGCAGCCAAGCCCAGGGCGGUCCUGGAGCCUGUGGAGGGGGGUGGUGCCCAGCUAGCAGCACCCAGCACCCCUGCCGCCGCCUCCUGGGGCCCCAGAAGCAGGGCAGCCGCCAUGCACAUCCCCGAGAGCCUCCAGGACCUGGCGGCCAGCGAAGCCGUUCAGUUUCUCAAGAGGCCAAAGACGAUCACCCGGAUCUUUGCAGGGGUCUUCUCGCUCGUGGUCUUCUCCUCCCUGCUGACCGACGGCUACCAGAACAAGACCGAGUCGUCGAGGCUCCGCUGCGUCCUCAGCAGCAGCAGCGCGGCCUGCAGCCUGGCGGUGGGGGCCGGCCUGCUGGCCUUCCUCGCCUGCCUGGCCUUCCUCGCCCUCGACGCCCACGACGGCCGCCUGGGCAGCACCCGCUUCCGGACGGCCUUCCAGCUCCUGGACUGCGUGGUGGCUGUCCUGUGGACGGGCAUCUGGUUCCUGGUCUUCUGCUUCCUGGCCAACCAGUGGGAGCACUCCCGCACCGAGGAGUUCCUGCUGGGGAGCAGCAGCGCCAAGGCCGCCCUCACCUUCACUUUCUUCUCCAUCCUCGUCUGGAUGUUCCAGGCCUACCUGGCCCUCCAGGACCUCCGGAAGGACACCCCGGUCCCUUACAAGCGCUCCCUGGAUGAGGGGACCACCCCCUCCCCGCCCUCCGCCACCAGCCCGGUCACCCUGCCCGCCCCCGGUCCCCACAGCCUGAGCCACACCAGCGCCCCCCUCCCCCCGUACCUGACCACGCCGAAGGCCCCCCGCCUCGCUAUGAUGCCCCACACCUGAAAUCCUCCCCCACCUCAGUAAAGACAGAGACCUUCCUCCAGAAGGGUUUCUGGAAACAGCCCUC